ACAGAGACGACGAAGUCACCACAACGGUUCAAGGCAAAGCCGCCACACGCAGGGAACGCAACCACCACACAGCCAUCACCACUCACCACAACCUCACCACUGCCUCACCACUCACCACAGCCUCACCACUCACCACAGCCUCACCAUAGCCUCACCACUGCCUCACACUCAUCACAUCCUCACCACUCACCACUGCCUCACCACUCACCACUGCCUCACCACCCACCACAGCCUCACCACAGCCAUCACACUCACCCCACUGCCUCACCACUCACCACAACCUCACCACUCACCACAACCUUACACUCACCAAAACCUCACCACAGCCUCACCACUCACUGCCUCACCACUGUCUCACACCACAACCUCACACUCACCACAACCUCACCACUCACCACAACCUCACCACUCACCACAACUUCACACUCACCAAAACCUCACCACAGCCUCACCACCCCACCCCACCACCCCACACAACCUAACCACCCCACACUACCACACAACCUCACCACCCCACACCACCCCACCUCACCACCCCACACAGCCGUCAUGCCCUUCACGCCCUUCACGGAGUUGCUGGCGAGGCAACUGGGGGCCCCCACGAGGAGCGCGUGGGGCCGGGUCGCCCGCCGCCUCUUCGAGUACAAAAACGCGCACCUGGAGCUGGAGGCGGCCACCCUCAGCGGCCUCGGCCCCGGCCUCUCUGCCCUGGAGGUCGGCUUCGGGCCCGGCCUGGGGCUGGUGGCCGCCUGCCACCUGCUGGGCCCCACGGGCACCCUGCUGGGCCUGGAGCGCUCCCAGUACAUGCUGGACGUGGCCGGGGCCCGGCUCAAGAGACUCGCGGCCAAGGGGGGCCCCGCGGGGCAGGUGGCCGCCCGGGCCAAGUUGAUGCUGGGCAGCGUGGGUGGUCAGGGCAGCGUGGGUGGCCAGGGCAGCGUGGGUGGUCAAGGCGGCGUGGGUGGUCAGGGCAGCGUGGGUGGCCAGGGCGGCGUGGGUGGUCAGGGCACCGUCGGUGGCACCAUAGGUGGCAAGGGCACAGUGGGUCUGGACGAGGCCAGCGUGGACCGGGUGUUCCACUGCAACUGCUACUACUUCUGGCCCAACCUGGAGGAGGCGUGCGCCGAGUUGUUUCGAGUCAUCAAGCCCGGUGGCCUCAUGGUGACGACGCUGAACUUGGCAUCCCUGAAAAGAACAGCGUCAUACGGAGCCCUCAAGUACGCCUGUGGAUGGGAGCCGGAGCCAUACCUGGAGGCCUUGUCUCACACCGGCUUUGUGGAUGUGCGCAUGGAGGACCGACAGCAUGGAUCCAAGCCAUUCCAGGCCAUCUUUGCCACAAAACCAGAUGUCCCGGCAGCGUCGGCUAAACAAACAUGACACCCGCCACUCAGAUACCUCUUUUCUACUGAACAACUGAGCCACCCCGGGGCUGUGCCGAGCUAAUUAGGAAUGGCUUAGGAGGGGUCAGGUUGUUUUUCCCUGCACAAAUAAAGGCAAGUCGCCUACGUCACACGCAAUGAAAAAAAUGGCCCUGCUUGGUCCAGAGCCACAUUCAGGUUGUCGUUUGUGGCCAGUUUCAGUUUCACUUUUCAUUACCAAUAACCAAAUGAAAAAAAAGCUCAAAACACAGGUACUUGUUUGCAACUCUUUUCAGAACAUAAUAAAGGAUUACUAACUGGAGGGGGACAUUCAGUCAAUAUGGUUCAUGAGCCAGAAACCGGCACCAAAAGUUAGUCCAAACUCUGUGGCUACCAUUUGGGUUGGGAUAUUUUCUAUGCAAUCCAAUUGAGUAAUUUGACGGUAAUCUUUCAACUUUGGAUUGUGACGCCAGCACACAAUUGCCUAC